UUACACACAGGUGAUGCAAGGACGGGAGAGAUCAUGGAGCGAAACGAGGAUCAAGUAAAUAAAACUGUCGACAUUUAUCGUGACACAUGGGUCCGCUUCUUGGGCUACGCCAAUGAGGUUGGGGAGGCCUUCCGGGCCCUUGUACCAGUGAGCAUGGUAUGGGCUAGCUAUGCUGUGGCAACUGCUUAUGUUACUGCUGAUGCUGUGGACAAAGGGAAGAAAGCAGCUGUGGCCCACGGAGACAACUCGGGGAAGACAACUGAGGUAGCUAUUGCAGUAGUGGAUACAUUUGUGUGGCAGGCCUUGGCGUCAGUGGCGAUUCCUGGCUUCACCAUCAAUCGUGUGUGCGCUGCCUCUCUCUUCCUAUUGGGCAGAGCCACUAAAUGGCCCCUACCUGUUCGAAAAUGGACCACCACAGCAAUAGGCCUCUCCACCAUUCCCUUCAUCAUCACUCCUAUAGACAGGUCAGUGGAUUUCUUGCUGGACUCGAGCCUACGGAAGGUCUAUAAUGGGGGAGAGAAGCACAAAUAAGGAGGAAGACCAGGCAGAGAUGUUAAGCCUUUGCCAGCUAGGACCCUCAUUCAUGUCUCCCUAGAGAUGUCCUGAUUAACACCACUGUGAACCAUAAAACCAUAAAGCCAUAGUUCAGGAAGCCAGACUGCACAGCUAGUCGACUUAGAAAAAUACAUUUAAAUUUCUAUAUUGUCGUCUCAUUUACUAAAUAAUAAUGUCAUGAAUCUUGCUUCCUGAAAUAUGCCUUCAGAAUACUCAACCUCGGUGUCUCAGGGCAAUUUGGGGUAGCUUUAAAAUGCCAUAAUAUCUGAAGAGUAAUAUAAGUCUUUAAAAUGUAGACAUACUGUUGAUGUUGGUGGUGGGAGUAUUAUCAGAUUGUCUAUGUUGUACAUAUGCUGUAUAUUUUUGUUACAGCCAGAAGGGAGGUUGCCCCCAUUGUUGCGCUGAUUGGCUGUAGUUGAUCUUGGCAGUUUUCUGGCCUGCCUCACCUCAUUUCCACCUGUUAGAUAAACUGUAAAGCACACACACUCCGCCCAGUAACCGUGUAUUGGAAAAUGCUGACAUGACAGGUCACGUGUGGUCUUUUUUCCAUGAUGUUACUCUUCGUAGUACCAGCUUCAACCGUCAACUAUCGUUCACUAUUUUUUUGUUCCUCAAAAAGAAUGUCUGUUAUUUUGAAGGGAUAAUUUAGGACAGUCUUCUCAUGGACCUUUUACCACUGUUUGAUUCUACCUUUGCCAUUGAGUUUUACACUAAGAAAGACUAUUUACACCAUGGCAGUCACAUGUUAUUUAUGUGUGCUAUAUGACUCAAAGCUAAGGUCAACAGUAUCAUAUGUGAAAGUAAACAUUUAAAUAAAUCAAGGAUUAUUCUGCUGUAAAAUAUUCAACUAUAGCAUAGAGUAAACUAAGUAUUUGGACAGUGACUCUUAAACAUAGAGGGUCUACUGUAAUUUAGAAUAAAAUACUGAAUUCCUUACGUACAAGUAAAGUUGAUUGUUGAUGCUCUUUCCUCAUUAGCCGAGCAUUAACAAUUUUUUUUUAAUAUUUUCACAAGUACAUGGGAAAUCCUAGAAGUUGGAUUAUAGUUUUGAACUAUUUUUCCAUAAUACACGUCUGUCAUCCGCCAUAGAAGAAGACCUUACACCUUGAUCUUCAGUAGGGAAAUUGAUAGAGAGGAUAAAAUGCCGGUUAUUGUUACUUUCCUGUUAAAAUGAAAGGUUCUACACUAAAACAUUGGUGUUUCACUGUCCAAAUGCUGGUGGAGGUCAUUGUAUAUUAAAUGUACUGCAGAAAACGUUUAAAUGGAUGUGCAUUACACAUUAUUAAUAUAGCUAGUCUGAAAGAGAACCUUAAGAAAAUUCUGUACACUUUACUGAACUAUGCAAGACAAGGCAUCUGGUACCUCUAUAGGACUUUUAGGGCUUGUUCUUUCACUUUAAAUGGACAUUUGUAAGCAAACAACCUCAAAAGUAGCCUAAAGGAGAAGGGAAAUCUACAAUGCUCUGAAACUUGGGUGUAGAUAUCGUCUGUGAUACAAGUAGAACAUGUUGAAAUGGGAACUGCUGACAUUGCUAAUACUGGUGUUGUGUAUGCCUGUAUAUUGGUAUAGCAAUACAUUUUGUACAAGGUGUCAGUUUGAGGUAAUUUUUCACGGUUAUUUUCAUUACUUUAGGAUGUUUAUGUUGUUCAUGAAGGGAGAAAUACCAAAAUAAAAACUGCAAACCCACCUUUUCAUAUGAUCGUAACAUUUCAGGUUAAAGAAUUAUUUCAUUGUUGCGUGGCAUGAAAGGGCUGUUGUUUUACACGUUGUGGGUUUUUUGAAGCUGUCUGAAAAGUGUAUUAUGGUAUUAGAGACAAAAAUAUUUUCAAAAUAUACAAAUUUUUGUAUUGUUUUGUUCCCUGAAUGGAAUGUUGUGUUUUUUUUUUGUUUGUUUCUUUUCCAAAUGUGAAACUGAUAAACAGUUGAAAGAGGAUAAAGCCCAGUUAUUAUGGACUGGUUUUAUUCAAAUACCAUCCUAUUCUACCACAACUCCUGAAAUACUGUAAAAAAAUACUGUAAGUCUAUAUUAAAAUAAAUUAAGGAAUAAUG